AUGAAUCGAGGCAGAGGAGCGACGCGUGAAGGGCCGCGUGAAGGGCCUACUAGGCAACAGAUAAUGCAGAGCAUACUGGAGCUACAACGACAGAAUGAGGAGAUCAGAAUGAAGGCGGAGGCUGAUCAGGCUCAGCUUGAAAAAGAGAGAGAGGAAGCUCGCAAGAAGGCAGAAGAAGAUUUACAGGUGUUAAGGGAAGAAGCUUUGGGAGAAAGAGAGAGGUUGCGAAAAAAUGCAGAAGAAACGCAUCAACGAUUGGAGGAAGCACUUCGACAGCAAGAACAGUUACGGAAGGCGAACGAAGAUAUGCAAAGCAGAUUGGAGACUACUAGGGCUGGUUUCAGCUAUCCAUGUCGGUUGAAUCCCGAUGUGAGUGAUGCCAGUCCUCUGGUAGAUGCGAUUAUGAACGAGCCGAUCCCGCAGAAUUUCGUGAUUCCCAAAAUCACACCUUUCACAGGGAAUUCUGAUCCUGAAUUACAUUUAAAAGCGUUCCAGGCUCGGAUGAUGAUAUCAGGUGGUAAUGAUGCUAUACGUUGCAAAAUGUUUGUGGGUACGCUGACCGAAAUUGCCCUUGAAUGGUUUAACACUAUACCGAAUUUGUCUAUCAGUUCAUUCAAUGAUUUCAAACGUCUUUUCCUGGAGAGAUUCUCAGCAAAUAGAGCCAAACCAGUGGAGAUGGCAGACAUGUUUGAUAUAAGGCAAACCGCCGAAGAGACGUUAAAACAAUUCCUUAAUCGAUUCACCAAUAUCAGUAUGAGGCUGAUAGACCCUAACGAGGGUUUGCUCGUAAAAGCCUUUGUGAAAGGACUUCGAGCCAGCUCGUUCGGUGAGUCCUUGUACAGAUAUCCACCGAAGAGCCUUACAGAGAUUAGACAAAGGGCAGCUGUGGAAAUAGAGACUGAGGAGGCCAUGCGCCACAAAAAGGCAGGAGACAAAAGACCAGUGGCUCAUUCCAGGAGUGAAAGAGAUAUGAGAGCUUAUCGGAGAGAAAGAACUCCUCCUAAAAUGAAGUCAGAUCGACGUUUCAUCCCUUAUGUGGCACAACGAAGAACCGAGUAUCCGCAAGUGCGGAAAAUACCUAAUCUCAAGGUGCCACUGGCCCAAAUCUUGGAGGAUGUAGAGAUAGCAAAACAUUUGUGCUAUCCUGACGUCGCAGGGAGAGCACUCGGCAGUAGAUUGGAUGCUUGGUGUGAGUUUCAUCAAACCAGAGGUCAUGACACCAACUCGUGUUAUGGUUUGCAUUAUCAACUUUCCGUUUUAGCAAACAGGGGACUUCUGGAAAAAUUCUUGAAGUCGGGUGCCGAUGAGAAAUCAUCUGAGAUUCGCACGGUUCCCGAUGUGCAUGAAACACCCAUUUUGGGGGAUUUCAAUACGAUAGCAGGAGGUUUUGCGGGAGGAGGCCAAACCAGCUCGGCUAGGAAACGAUAUAUAAGGAGUGUCAUGACUGCGGUCAUGGUGGACAAGCCGAGGCAAGCUCCGGACAUAACAUUUUCAAAUGAUGAUUUAAAAGGGGUAAUCCCACAUGAAGAUGACCCCAUAGUCGUGUCGGUGAUUAUGAUGGGAAGGAAUGUCCACAGGGUACUAAUUGAUCAAGGAAGUUCUGCCGACGUGAUGUUUUGGAGUACUUUCAUAGGGUUACAAAUACCGAUGGAUCAAUUAAAGCCAUUUGACGGAGUGCUUGUCGGUUUCUCUGGAGAUCAAGUUGAGGUUAAAGGGUAUGUUGAUCUUAGAACAACCUUUAGAGACAAAGAAGAUGCCAAAACCAUAUUUAUACGUUACAUAGUAGUCAAUGCUCCUUCAUCAUAUAAUUUGUUGUUGGGAAGACCUUCUCUCAAUAAGUUAAAGGUUGUAGUGUCAACAAUACAUUUGAAGAUGAAGUUUCCUUCUGAGGAGGGGAAAGUACUCACUUUAGCUGUAAACCAGGAGACCGCUCGUAAAUGUUACGAAGACAGUCUGAGGUUAAGGAGGAAAGUAGCAUACUCAGUAAGCACAACUGAAGUAGUACCGGAUCCCGAGUUGGAUCCAAGGUUGGUGCACCCUGAAAGAAGGCCUCAGCCUGUGGGAGAGGUGAAGGAGGUGCUUAUAGAAGGGAAGAAGUUGAGAAUUGGGGGCGAUCUGAGUCUGGAGCAAGAACAACAGCUUAUCCAAGUGCUGAGGAAGAAUCUUUCUUCAUUCGCUUGGAGUGUGACUGAUAUGUCGGGGAUUGAUCCCGAUUUUCUAUGCCACAAGCUUAAUAUUAACCCGUUGGCUAAACCUAAAGUUCAGAAGCGUAGGCGGUUGAGUGAAGACCGUGCUCAGGCGGCAACCGAGGAGAUACAUAAAUUGUUAGAGGCGGCCCAUAUUCGAGAGAUACAGUAUCCAACCUGGUUAGCAAAUGUGGUGAUGGUGAAGAAGUCUAACGGAAAGUGGAGGAUGUGUGUAGAUUUCACGGACUUGAACAAUGCCUGUCCAAAGGAUUCGUAUCCUUUGCCUAAUAUAGAUGCCCUAGUUGAUAGUGCAUCGGGCUGUGCUUUGCUAAGCUUCUUAGAUGCUUAUUCGGGCUAUAAUCAAAUCAAGAUGCAUUCGUCGGAUGAAGAUAAGACGGCGUUUAUGGGAGGUGCAGCAAAUUAUUGUUAUCGAGUAAUGCCGUUUGGGUUAAAAAAUGCGGGAGCUACUUAUCAAAGGCUGAUGGAUCGAAUCUUAGCACCCAUGUUGGGAAGAAAUGUUCAUGCGUAUGUGGACGACAUGGUGGUCACUUCGGUGGAAGAGAAGAAGCAUGAGGAAGAUCUGGAGGAAUUGUUUGUUACAAUCAGCAAAUACAGGCUUAAGCUUAAUCCCGAGAAGUGUGUUUUUGGGGUUAAAGCUGGAAAGUUUCUGGGUUUUCUACUCACCGAGAGGGGGAUAGAAGCUAAUCCCGAUAAAUGUGCAGCCAUUAUAAAUAUGAGGAGUCCUAGUAAUGUAAAAGAAGUGCAGAGACUGACAGGAAGGAUGGCGGCCUUGUCCCGUUUUCUUGCCAAAAGUGGGGAUCGGGGUCUUCCUUACUUUCAAUGUUUGAAGAAGAAUGAACGGUUCCAAUGGACUGAUCGGUGUGAGGAAGCAUUCCAAAAAUUGAAGGAAUAUUUGAGCAAGCCGCCGGUGUUAUGUAAACCAGAAAAAGGGGCUGAGUUGUCAUUGUACAUAUCGGUGACCGAACACGCUGUCAGUUCGGUCUUAGUCAGAGAAAGUGGUGGAGAGCAGAAACCGGUAUAUUUCGUAAGCAAAGUGCUCCAUGGUGCAGAGGUGAGGUAUCCCACUAUAGAGAAAGCUGCAUUGGCCGUGGUUGUGUCGGCUCGGCGUCUGAGACAUUAUUUUCAGAAUCAUAGUAUCAAAGUGAUGACGGAUCUUCCCAUUAGAUACAUAUUACAAAAACCUGAUAUAUCGGGCAGGUUGGUUAAAUGGGCAUUAGAGCUGUCGGAAUAUGGGAUACAGUAUGAAUCGCGAGGACCGAUCAAGGCCCAGUUUUUGGCUGAUUUUGUGGUAGAAUUAUCCGAACCGCCUGUUAAGAAUCAGGGUGUAGGAGAGAUAACGUGGAUAUUAUCGGUGGACGGGGCUUCCAAUUUAAGGGGUAGCGGUGCUGGUAUAGUUUUGGAAGGCCCGGAAGGGGUAUUAAUCGAACAAUCAUUGAGGUUUGCUUUCAAAGCCAGUAAUAAUCAAGCAGAAUAUGAGGCUUUGAUAGCUGAUAUGCUUUUGGCUAAAGAGAUGGGGAUUACUAGGUUGUUGGUUAAAAGUGAUUCCGUACUGGUGGCAGGUCAGGUGAAUGGGGAAUUUCAAGCCCGCGACCCGCAGUUGUCCAAGUAUUUGGAAGUUGUCCAAACUAUUGCGAAGAACUUUGUUCUUCUUGAGUUCGUGCAUGUUCCGAGGGAGCAGAAUUCCCGAGCUGAUUUGUUAUCCAAGUUGGCUAGUUGUUCGAAACCGGGGCAGCAUAAGUCAGUGAUAAGGGAGACAUUAAUAGCUCCUCGGGUCGACACGCAGGAAAAGCACCAAGUGAUGGAGAUUGUGGCAACCGAAGAAUCUUGGAUGGCACCUUUAAAGAGUUAUCUUGCUGAUGGUAAAUUACCUGAGGAUUCCAAUGAAUCACAGAAAGUAAAAAAAAACUCAAGCAGGUAUACGCUGAUAGAUGGUCACUUAUUUAGGUAUGGAUAUUCCAGACCUUUGAUGAUUUGCGUAGGAAGGAGGGAGGUAGAUCGGCUCAUGGCCGAGCUUCAUGAGGGAAUCUGUGGAAGCCAUGUAGGGGGAAGAGCAUUGAUGCUGCGAAUAAUCCGAGGAGGGUUCUUUUGGCCCACUAUGAAAGGUGACUGUAUGGAGUAUGUCAGGAAAUGUGAAUCAUGUCAGAAACAUGCCGAUUGGAGUCAUGCCCCGCCAGAGGUACUGCACUCUAUUAAUGCACCGUGGCCUUUUCACACUUGGGGAAUAGAUAUUUUAGGUCCGUUUCCCAAGGCGGUGAGGCAAUUCAAGUUUUUGAUCGUGACUGUAGAAUAUUUUACAAAAUGGAUUGAAGCCGAACCGGUUGCUGUCAUCUCGGGUGGGCGAGUGAAGCAGUUGUGCACUGAAGUCGGAACUAAACAGGUCUUCUCGUCGGUGGAGCAUCCUCAGACGAAUGGGCAGGCGGAAGCAGCUAAUAGGGUGAUAUUGAGGGGAUUGAAGCGAAGAUUGGCGGCGGCCAAAGGAGAAUGGCCAAAUGAGAUACCUCGAGUGAUGUGGGCUUAUCAUACCACUCCUCAGACGACUACUCGAGAGACUCCUUUUUCUUUGGUGUAUGGAACUGAUGCUAUGAUCCCUAUUGAGGUCAUGGAGAACACCAGGAGAGUAAGGUUGUUUGACGAAGAGAUUUAUGAGGUUGGUUUGAAGGCAAACCUUGACGUUAUAGAUGAGGUUCGGGAUUUGGCUCAGAUUUCUAAUGAGGCAAUGAAGAGAAGAUUAGAGAGAAGUUACAAGACUAAGGUAGUACCUCGGAAGUUCCAAGAACAAGAUCUAGUAUUAAGGAAAGCACAGUUAAUUCAGAUGGAUAGCAAAUUGGCGCCGAAGUGGACUGGACCCUAUCGUGUUAAGCAAGUGUUGGGAGAAGGAGCUUAUAAGUUGGAAACAUUAGAGGGGAGGGAAAUCCCGCGAACAUGGAAUGCAGCAAAUUUACGAUUAGGAGCUUGGUUUAUGAACAGGACUGAGAGCUCGGUUUAUAAACGAGUUGGAUUAGGAGCUUGGUUUAUGAACAGGACUGAGAGCUCGGUUUAUGAACGAGACUGA